CAGGCCUGGGGUGGGCCCUCGCCGCUCCGGGGCGCGGGCGCCUCGGUCUAAGGCGACGCCCGCCUCGCAGAGGCAGUGCAGAUCCUUGGGGUGAUGUCAGUGUCGUCCGAGGAGCUGCUCACCCUUGAGAGGGAGGCCCGUCUUUUAAAGGAAAAGCCCGCGCAGCCUGUCCGGAGGGGCUGCGCCCUGUCUUCCUCGAGUGUUCACAGCGCACACGCCCGCCCGGCGCUCCGUGGGGCCGGGGUGCGGCCGUGGACACAGCGAAGGCCCGCUGCAUGGCGUCGACGUUCAGCCCGGGGAGGCAGUCGGACAGGGGGCCGUGUGGCAGCACUUGUCUCUUGGGGGCCAUGCUGCUCUCCGGGGGUGACACUGCAGGGGCGCACAGAGGGCUUUCCAGGCAAGGCGCAGGCUGCGACUGCCACACCGCGGGGGUGUGGGUCGACACUGCGGGGACACUGCGCAACACGGGAAAGCAGGCGACCCCACCGACACAGAAGGGCCUGCUCCGAGCCCGAGCCCUGGCUGUGCCGCGCUAGCCUGUCACAGGCGCAGUGGAGAGCGUUGGACAGCGCACGGAGUGCUGGGAGGGCCGCAGAGCCAGGUGUGAUGGUCGGCUCCCAAGCAGACAUGGCACCCGCCUCCACUGCCGAGGGCCCUGGGGAGAAGCCGGCGCCCGCAGCCCCCGCGCCAGCAGCCCAGUACGAGUGCGGAGAGUGCGGCAAAUCCUUCCGCUGGUCGUCAAGGCUUCUGCAUCACCAGCGCACGCACACGGGGGAGCGGCCCUACAAGUGCCCGGACUGCCCCAAGGCCUUCAAGGGCUCCUCCGCACUGCUCUACCAUCAGCGGGGCCACACGGGCGAGCGGCCCUACCAGUGCCCCGACUGCCCCAAGGCCUUCAAGCGCUCGUCGCUGCUGCAGAUCCACCGCAGCGUGCACACCGGCCUGCGCGCCUUCACCUGCGGCCAGUGCGGCCUGGCCUUCAAGUGGUCCUCACACUACCAGUACCACCUGCGGCAGCACACGGGCGAGCGGCCCUACCCGUGCCCGGACUGCCCCAAGGCCUUCAAGAACUCCUCCAGCCUGCGGCGCCACCGGCACGUGCACACGGGCGAGCGGCCCUACGCGUGCGGCGUGUGUGGCAAGAGCUUCGCGCAGACCUCCAACCUGCGGCAGCACCAGCGCGUGCACACGGGCGAGCGCCCCUUCCGCUGCGCGCUCUGCCCCAAGACCUUCACGCACUCGUCCAACCUGCUGCUGCACCAGCGCACGCACUCGGCCGAGCGCCCCUUUGCCUGCCCUGUGUGUGGCCGCGGCUUUGUCAUGGCCGCCUACCUGCAGCGGCACAUGAGGACGCACGCCCCGGCCCAGGCGCCCUCUGGCACCACAGCCCCCGCUGCUGGCGCCCAGCCCCCCGCCCCGUUGGCCGCCGCUCCUGCCCCGCUGGCCACCCAGGAUGUCCAUGUGCUCCCCCACCUCCAGGCCACACUUUCCCUCGAGGUGGCGGGGGGCACGGCUCAGGUGCCGCCAGCAGGCCCAGCGGCACCCAACUCCCAGACCUUUCUCCUGGUGCAGACAGCCCAGGGCCUCCAGCUGAUCCCCAGCAGUGUCCAGCCGCCACCCCCUCCACCCCCACCUGCACCCCCUAAGCUCAUCCUUGUGCCCUCCACAGGUGCUGGGGCCGGCCAAGCCAGGCAGGGCCCUCGGGCUGUGGGAAAGGCUGGUCAGGGCACGGGUAUAGUGUGGCUGCCGGGGCCUGGGGGUCUAGGGGUACAGGGAGGGGGUGGUGCAGGGGCCGGUGGGGGAGGGCAGAGCCUCAUUGUCCUGCAGAAUGUAGGGAGUGGGGACACGGGGCCUCAGGAAGUUAGUGGGGUCCAGCUCCAGCCGGCCCAGGAAGUGACCACGGUCCAGCUCCAGCCAGCCCAGGAAGUGACCACGGUCCAGCUCCAGCCAGCCCAGGAAGUGACUACGGUCCAGCUCCAGCCACUGACAGGCCAGCUGUCUAGCUCCAGUGGAGGAGCGGUGACUGCUGAGGCCCCCAACCUGCUGGUGGUCCAGAGCGAGGCAACGGAGGAGCUGCUGGCAGCCCCGGGUCCUGGAGAGGCCGGGGACGGAGAGGCCAGCACGGGCAUGGUGCAAGAUGUGGUCUUUGAGACACUGCAGACGGAGGAGGGGCUGCAGAGUGUGCUGGUGCUGAGCGGGGCAGAUGGGGAGCAGACGCGGCUCUGUGUGCAGGAGGUGGAGACCCUGCCCUCUGAGCUGACGGAGCCGCCUGCCUCUGCCUCCCCGGGACAGAAACUGCUCAUCAUCCGCAGCGCCCCUGCCGCUGAGCUGCUGGAGACCAGCAGUGUGGGGGGAGGCACUGCCACACUGCAGCUCCUGGCCCCUCCGGCCCCUGGCCCAGGCUCUGCCCCGGCGGCGGUACCCGCAGCCCCUGGGCCCCAGGUGGUACAAGUGGUGCCUGCAGGAGCCGGGCCGGGGGUCGUGAGUCCUCAGGCCCUGCCCUCCAUCCAGAUUGUGCAGACGCUGCCCGCUGUCCAGCUGGUGCACACGUUUUGAGGAGACCCCCUCAAUACGGAGGCUCCAACUCACUGCCUUUGGCCCGGCUGGGGUCUGCCCCCCGGAAGGAGACUGCUAAUAAAGUCUCAGAAUCUC